AUGAUGGUAUUUUCAUUUGUCUGUGCUGUGAAUACUCUUGCCCACCACGUGCUUCACAAGGUUCUCAGUGACAUUGUUGGUGACUUCAGAGGCUUCAACAGACAGCUCACAAGUGAUGGGCAGCUCAAAUGGCUCUGUGCAGCAGCACUGAAAGACAGUUGGACCAGGUUUAAAGUAAAAGUUGGGGCUGAUCUGCAAGAUGACAUACAAAGAUGCCGCCUCCUCAGGGACAUGAUCAGACCAGAGAAGACUUUGAUGAUGGAUGCCAACCAGCAUUGGGAUGUGCCUGAGGCAGUGGAGUGGAUGUCAAAACUGGCUGAGCCAUUGUGGAUUGAGGAGCCCACAUCCCCUGAUGACAUCCUGGGCCAUGCAGCUAUUUCCAAGGCAUUGGCCCCAUUAGGAAUUGGCGUUGCCACAGGAGAACAGUGCCACAAUCGAGUGAUAUUUAAGCAACUCCUACAAGCAAAUGCCCUGCAGUUUCUCCAAAUUGACAGCUGUAGACUAGGAAGUGUCAAUGAAAACCUCUCAGUAUUACUGAUGGCAAAAAAGUUUGGAAUCCCUGUUUGUCCCCAUGCUGGUGGAGUUGGACUUUGUGAACUGGUAUAGCUUAUAUUUGACUACAUAUCAGUCUCUGCCAGCCUCCAAAACAGGUUGUGUGAAUAUGUGGACCACCUGCAUGAACAUUUCAAGUAUCCUGUGGUAAUCAAGCAUGCUUCCUAUCUGCUUCCCAAGGAUGCAGGCUACUCAACAGAAAUGAAGGAGCAAUCUGUGAAGAAACACCAAUACCCAGAUGGAGAAGUCUGGAAGAAACUCCUUGUUGUUCAAGAUUUAUGUGUUCAGCCCUAA